AUGAUUUCGCAAUACAAGCUAUCAUUUAUUGCAGGGGAGAAAUACUUUACGUCAACUCCUACGAAUGAUUGGUCAUAUUCUGGAUAUCUCGAGGCCAUAGAGCCUUAUUUCAAUCUCGAAAAAGAUGAAAUUGAUGAGAGACGUGAAGUUGCAUCUGCUCUUAUUAGGAUGGUAGCGUUCCUCGGUGCAAUGCAGAGUGCUGGUUACCAUUGGGAGCAGGAUUCAAAUGCCACUGAUUUCUGGGACCAAUUUGAAAAGAAACGAGCUCUAAAACAACAACAGUAUGAUACAAAUGUCGACAUACAAUUAAAUACUCUAAAAGUGAUGAGCACUGCUUCAUCGUAUCAGAGGAAUGAAUUAUCCAAACAAAUGGAAAUUUCAGGUGACAAUGAUAAAAAUCUGAAACGUCAAAAUGAUGACUAUAUUGAGAAAGAAAAUUCAAAAUCUUGUAAAGUUGAGGAUAGCGGUGUGAAGAAGCAGGAAAAAGAAAAAGGGAAUAAUUUGAAUGAUAACGAUCACAGUCAGAACGAAAUUAUGGAUCUUACUCCGUCUUCGGCGUUUGUACUAAGAUAUACGGAUGAAGAUGACUACAUGCAAGUUCUAAAAGAGACCUUUGAGUCUGUUGAUGAGUUAUUUCCAGAAAGCACAAUUAAGUUCCUUAAUGAGUUUUUUUCAGAGACUUGUACUCACGAACAAUGGGAUGAUAAGUUAGAAAGCUUAUUAGAACCGGAAGAAGAUCAAUUUUUAAAAAAAUUGAAAAGAUUAUUAUUCGAAACGUUACCCAUCUUCUUUGAUGCAUUUUCAAUGCUCUAUGAUAAUCACAAUAUGUUGGAAGAAGAGUACAUGAACACAUACAUCCAUCCCGUUCUAAAGAAGGCUUUGCGCAGGUUUUCGAAUAUUCGUUAUAUACAAGGUAACAAGGCUGUUCAAGCGUCUGCGUAUAGGAAACUAGUAAUGAAGCAAGAGGGAUGUGCAGAUCGUUCAGACGGCCUCGCUUACAUUACUACCGAAAAACAAUAUGAAAUAUGUGUUAUAGAAGGAUCUAGACCAUAUGUCGUUGAUGACACGAAAGAAAUGUCUGAUUUUGUUCAGAAAAUAUCGGCUCUUCGAAAUCGAAACAUGCGAAAUUCCAACAGACCUGGAAGGCGUUGA